AAUCGGCGGAUACCAAUAUAAGUGAUAUAUCCUCAUAAAGUGAUUUUAGUCAGUUCAUUGUGAUUAUCUAGUACUAAGAAUUUUGUUCCUUUUGAAGUGGAUAACAAAGCGUAAAGUCGGUUGCCACAAACCACAAAGUUGACAAUAAAGUAGUAAUGUCAUUCGACAAGCCAGCAGUGGUGAUAGACAAUGGUAGCCACUUUAUGAAGGCUGGGUUUGCGUGUGACAACCAUCCGGUGUCAAUGUUUCGCACCCUGGUUGCUCGGCCAAGGAACCUGGUUGGCAGAUACGGCCGGGCCGGUCACUACGAAGUCUACAUAGGAGAUGAAGCUGUGGUUCACAAUGAUGAUAUGGCGGUAACUCCACCGGUGGUGAAUGGCAAGAUAGUGCAGUGGGACAACAUGGAAAGGAUCUGGCACCACAUAUUCUAUAGGGAACUGAAAGCCGCCCCGGAAGACAGGGCUGUACUCCUUUGCUUGUCCCCGGGCGCUCCAAUUGAGGAAAAAAUAAAAUGCUGUCAAGUGUUUUUCGAGGCUUUGAACGUGCCGGCGCUGUGCAUGCAGUCGACUAGUGUGCUGGCGCUGUACGGGUCUGGGUUCACCACCGGCAUCACCAUAGACCUGGGGUGGGACAGUACUGACAUCAACCCCGCAUACGAGGGUGGCCUCAUCCACUACGCGCAGAUGUCCACCAACUACGCCGGCGAACAGAUCUGCAAGUUCUACAGAGAAAGCCUCGCCAGCCGCGGCAUAGAUUUAGGCUGCGACGCCAACGAGAUUAUAGAUGCAGUCAUGAUGAAUGAAAUGAACAUAUCUAUUGACUGCUCGAUGCCGAGGAGGCCGGUGAGGAAGUACGCCGUGGACCCGCGAACAAAACAAAAGACGGACGUGACCGACGAGACCUUCAUGGUGUCUGAGAUGUUCUUCCAGCCCGACUUGGUGAUGGGUUACGAUACUGGUUACAUGCCGCUUCACAAAGCUUUCUUAAUGGCGUCUCAGAAAUGUGACAUGGACAUAAGGGAUGAGUUGAACAAUGCGGUGGUUUUGUGCGGUGGUCUGUCGAUGAUCCCGGGUCUAGCUGAGAGGUUUCGGGUGGAGUUGACGGACCUGGUGGAGAAGCCAGUGACGGUGCUGACGUCAGACGAGUCUUACGUGGUGAGCUGGAUGGGCGGCGCUACCUUCGCCGGCAUCCCGGAAGCGCAGCGCAUGUGGGUCACCAGGCAACAGUUCCAGGAAUACGGUGCGAGGGUCGUCAAGAACCGUAUGAUGUUUUAGUUUUUAAUUAUUAUUAUACUUUUACGUUUUAUUACAAUUAAGUUUUGAUUAUUGCUUAUCCC